AGCAAGAGAGGGAGGGAGAUGGAGAGAGAGUGUAUAACUUUGGAAAACAUAGGAAGAGGCAGCACAGGGAACAAACUUUUCUCUGUUGGCUGCUUUCUCAUGGACUUUUUCGCAUUUUAUGAAAGACCUCAGUGUUGACAGAGCGGAGACAAGGGAUGCUAAUUUGUUUGCUUUCUAACUAAAGAGUUAUUUCUCUGUUUUUGUGAUCAGCAGAUAUUAUUUUGUUUUGUUGUUCUUUGCAUUUUUAUCUGAUUAUCGCUUCACUGCCUGAGCUUUGAAGAAGGCGUAACCACACAUCUGAAAUCCUUCCAAAUUUAGCCGCAGCUCUCCCCAGCUCAUAGAAGAGUCUGAAGCUGGACAGAACACACGCACACACACGCACACACAAGCACACACAAGCACACACACACAUACACAGACACACCUGUUGUUGCUGAGGAUUCCCCGGGAACACAGUCAUGGGCAUCUGCGUCACUGUUGCUUGAGGGAAUCUGUGCGUCUGUGCAGCUGUUAUCUGGUGGUGGCCUCAGUGAAUGUUACAGUAGAAGUUGACCUGCCUGUUGAGGGUAGAGGAGGGAGAUGUCAUCCUACUACCCACGCACCAAGGACCUGACUCGCACCAGAAAGUCACUGACAGAUUCACCACCGUCCUCUCCGUCCCCUACAGACAAAAACUACAGACAUGAAAGACUGUCAAGAUAUGACUCCAGUGGAGAGAGUGCAACGGACAAACCACUGGGCCGCACCAGCUCGUACACAAGGAGAGAGACGAGACUGGCUGCUCUGAAUAGACAAGAACAAGACUCCACUACAAAAGACUAUAAGAAGAUGUAUGCAGAAGCUUUGCACGAGAAUGAGAGGCUCAAGUCCAGGUUGCAGGACAGCAAACAAGAACUGGUCAAGAUACGUUCCCAGCUGGAGAAAGUCACUCAGAGGCACGACAGGAUAUCAGAGAGGUCUACAGUACUUGAAUCGGAGAAAAGGGAAAAACAAGCUCUUGAGAAAAGAGUGUCAGACAUGGAGGAGGAGUUAAAGCAGGACGCCCCACUGCGCUUCCGCUGUGGGUACCAGCCCUGAGGGCAGGCUGUCUCAGGGGAGGGGGGAUGAUCUUAACAGAGCUCAAGUCAGACAACCAGAGGCUAAAGGAUGAGAACGGGGCGCUCAUUCGAGUCAUCAGCAAACUGUCCAAAUGAAAAGAUAUCUGAACGGUCCUGUUCUGUGUCCAUGGAUGCUCCAACCCUGAAAUGGCAGUUUAUUUAUCCAUGGUACCCCAAGUUGUGACUCCUCUCUGAGUAAUGGUGAUGGGCCGUUUGAGCUGCAUUGCAAAAAUAAAUUCCCAUUUGGACUGGUGAAGAUCUAAAGAGAAGUGUUCCGAAGUUUGAGGCAAAUUUUCACGGUGUAUGACGGAGUUACAGUAAUUGUUUCUACUUGAUUAGUUAUUCUUACUUUGUAAUAUAGAGUAUUUCACAUUACCCAAACAGGGACCAGUUGUACUGUUUGACUGACAUUUCAAGACCCAGUUCAAACAAACCCAGGGGUUUGCAUGAAGAUACUGAUAUAAUACCCACACAUCACAUUGAGACAUCACGUUUGUUGCUACAUUGUGCACUGCAUAAAAGUAUUUUAAUGUUGUCUUAUUUAUGAAAGAUGAGAGAAGCCAAUUAUGGUAUUGAUUUUUUUAAACUACUGAAAUAAUCCUGCCAUAUCUGGGUUAAACAUGGGGAAAGUGGCUGGAGUCUCAAGGCCCCAAAGGCCAGUUUGGAAUGACUAUACAUUUGGAAAAUCAAUAUUUUAAUUUGAAUAUAUGAUCAAAGGGGUAAAAUGAAGCCUUGCAAAUUACAAAUUAACGAAGGAGCUUUGGUUCCAGAGGAAAUUAUGUGAGCCUCCCAUGAAGUGACAACAACCAGCAGAGAAGCCUUGCAAGAUGCAAUAUUUGCGCAAAACUCAGGCGACAUUGAAAUGAAGUAUAAAAAAUGUUCUAUCAUCUCUGAGAGAAGGCGUUCCAAAUACGGUAGCUGCAAACUUUUCAUUUCCUCCAUAAAAACGAUAUCAAAGGUUCUGUAAACGAUCGUCACUGCCACUAGAUAAGGUACUACACCAGCAGCAUCUCAGACCAAAACUUCGUCGACCACAACGCCCCUCACGUUCUCAGUCAGCAAGGUGUUACAGGUGAAAGCGGCUACCAAACUCACAACAACAAGCACAACUGAAUAAAGCGUACAUGACAGCCAAAAAAAAAAAAAAAAAAAAAAUGGAGCUACAACCAUUACCCUAGCCAUUGGCCGUGAUGCUACACAGGCUAGCCAUAGCAAUCGCUAAACACAUUCAUUAUAUCUGUAACAGAUAAGUUAGCUCACGUUGUCAUGGCUACUGUAGCCGGUCACUAACGAAAACAGACAUUUAACAUUACGGAGUCAUCAAAUUACUUACAUGUGGAGGAGAAGAAAACACAGUUCUGAGUCAAGCUGGAUCCCUGAAGCUUGUAGGACUCUCCAUCUUGGUAAACCCAGACCAGUAGUAGCUAGCCUAGGGGAUAAAUAAAGUAUCUAUCUAUCAUUAAAUUCACUCAUUAGAAAGCUGAUAGGGCUUACUGGCACUGGAAACAUGCCUUUGAUGGUAAAAAAUUAAAAGUUCUGACAGAGGUUCAAAUAUUAGUAGAGGCUGGUAAGUGAUUUUAAGGUUUGAAAGAUUGGAAGACUUACCAAAAUAAGAGCAAAACAGUAAAAACAGUUGCACAAAUCACCUUAAGGUUUCCUUAAAAUGCUCACUAUUUUAGCUUUUCUCCUUAAUUAAACCAUUGCAAAAACACCUUAAGUUAAGAUUUUCCUCACAGGCUACAUUUUGUGCUUUACUUCAUUUUUCAGAGGAAAAUAUUGAACUUUUUCUCCACUAUAUUUUAUUGAUUUAAAAGAGUUAAAAUUUUCUUUGCAGAUUAAGAUUUAAAAUAAGUUGCACUCAUACUGUUUGAUCAAUAUUCAACAUGGAAAAAUAUAUGUCAUGUCAUAAUAUUAUACCACCGUGCCACCUUCAGAAGUUUAUAAUAAGAUAAUGGCCACGAUGGACCACAAGCCACAAAUAGCGAUGACACUCAUGACGGGCCAGAAGUGUUCUCUCCAUGCAGAUGUCUUUUUAUUGUUUGCAGACACAGUCGAGUGCUUUGAGAUGUUGGCUUGUAAAGACUUGACAAUGACUACUUCUACACGUGGUUGUCCUGACAGGAUUACAAACUUAAGUGAUCUCUUCCCGCCAAGCUUCUUGGUGAGAUCUUUGAUGACGGCCCUGCAGAUCUGUUUGAUGUCUUUGUCAUUGGGGCAGUAACUGUCACUCACAGUGAGUCCCUGCAGCGUUUGGUCCACCAGUUGUUUGGCGUAGGCUGCCAAUUGCUCCUCCGUGCAGAUGUCCAGAACACGGGACUUAGUGAGCAGGGUGACAAACAGCAGGGUCUUGUUGAUGGUCUCUGCGAUGGCUUCAAAGCCAGAGGAAGGAGAGUCAGCAGGGUCGGUGUUCCUCUCUGGUGUCUUCAUGGAGAUCUCGUUCUCCUCUUGGGUGAGAUCUAUGGUCUCUAUAUCCUCUUCUGGGAGACUUGGCUCUGCUGUGGCUUCACAGCUGGAGGCAAGGGAAUCAAAUUCUCUGCUUGGUGGCUCCACAAUGAUUGUAGAGGUGUUUGACUGGACAAGGAUCUGUCUUACACCACGGGGAAAAGAAGUGAAUCCACUGAGACGAGCAGUUGACAUGUUGGGAAUGGCGUCCCCCAUUCCAGCUCUAAUGCUGUCGUCCAAGAACUAUGGUCCAGUCUGUGCUGCGUCGUGCAAGCCAGAGGAUCGGAACAUUGCAGACACAUUGGGACUCAGGGACCUGGUUUCAGGGUGAAGGUCAGCAGCUCCAAGAACAGGAGCAGCUGAGCCUUGAGGUGAAUUGUUCUCCAUCACAGAAUAAUUUGUGUCUUGAAACUGGGAGCUCAGAUAGGCGUGUGUAUCUCUGGUGAGGUCUUCAGUACAAUGAUCAACAACCAGGGGAACUGUAAGUUUACUUCACAUACAUGUGUCUUUGAUACACAGCUGAUCAAGGCAAAAUGAAUGAGUAAUCUAGAAUCUGAUGUAGUUACUUCACAGGAUCUAAAAGCUGCUGCAACUUGCUCACGCACACGUGCGUGCAUAUGCAUAUUGCAGCAAUCCUACACUCGCGCAUAGGCACGUACGCGUGCGACUCCCAGCGCUGUUUUCUCUGUUUUCAUCAAUUAUGUAAUUUAGUUUGAAUGUUAAUGUUGGAUAUAUAUGUAUGAUUUUCCAUCAGAUAGUUACUAUAAUAAUAAUGAUGUGAUUAUAUCGGGCCGUUACUAUUUUAGCAUCAUAUACACGCGCUGGCAACAAGUGGCAGCAAGUCCGCUUAGCGCUUAGUUUUUUGCAAUAUAUUUUUAUAUAUUAGUAUAUUUUUUGUCGAGUGAAGUUUUUUAUUCUACGUCGUUGUUUCGUCUGACGAUGGAGAAAAUAAUGUACACGAAGGAAAAACUUCUAGCUUUAAAGUGAACCAGAUAUGGCGUUGAGCAUCCCAUACUGGCUGAGCUGAAGAAGUAUCGUGGAUGCAGAGCUGGGGCUAAGCUAAAGGCUAGGAGAUGGACAUAUAAGAAGUAUGAUGAACUGGAGGCACUUGUGAAGAACCAGCGAGCGUAGCGUGAGUGUAGUGUAUGUGUUUCACGGAGACAUGGUUAAACGACAACACUCCCGACCGUUGUGUACAUGAUGAUGAGAUAGUAUGAGCAGACAGAGAUGCCAGAGCAAGCGGGAAGAAUAAAGGUGGAGGAACCGUUCUGCUUGUGAACAAUAGAUGGUUCAACCCCGGUCACAUCACAGCUCAGGAGAGGAUCUGCUGUCGGGAUAUUGGACUGUUGGCAGUCGGUCUUAGACCAUACUAUGAACCGAGGGAGUUCUGUCACAUCGUCGCCAUUGUUGUUUACAUUGAACCACGAGCGGAGCCUGUAGUCGCGUUUGACGUCAUUCACGAGACUGUGCGAGAGUACAACAAUGAACUAAUGGACACAUGAAUUUCCCCUAGGGCAGGGGUCUGCAACCUUUACUAUUAAAAGAGCCAUUUCUGGCCCCUCCCACAAAUAAAUAACAUCUGAAGCCGCAAAACCUAUUCGACCCUUAAAAUGAAGAUAACACAGCGUUAAAGUUUUAAUAUAGUCAUACUAUAUAUAAAAGAACCAUAGUUUAUUGCAUUUAUGAAAUUAUAGAACUACAAAAAACUGUUGACAUUUUAUUGCUGUUUUUACCCGUUAUAACAAAAGAAAACACCAAACUCUUAUGAAUAUGAGAAAAAAACACUGGCAUGUGUAUGCCUACUUUUAAAUAAAACACAGAAAUAUGCAGGCCUAUUAGAGUCCUUCUCUUAUUUGUGAAUGAUUAAAAAAAUAAAAAAGUAACCCACUUUGAAAUAAAUAAAACAUUAAAACACACAUAAAACAUUUUUUUUGGAUUUAUCCAUGGUUAGCUUACCGGGGAUCUGAAAUUCUAAAUUAGCCACCUAUCGGCAGCAGGAAGAGGCGAUAGGCUGUAAACGUUGCUAUGGAGACGUUGUAAGAUGUGACGUAUAUUUUAAUCGAUGAAAUAUUAUCAGUAUUAAAAGAAAAGAAAAGAAAUUCAUCCUUUGGAUUCAUCUGCUGGCCAUGAAAAUGACACUGACAGAGCUGUAAUAUCACCGAUGAAGCUGGUAAAAACUUUAAAAGCUUUAUGCAUAUUUUAUGGGGUCAGCGGCCAACCGGAUUUGACCACAGUACUCCACAUGGCCAGUUUGCCUGUGCUCUGGUGUCUUAUCUCUUUCUUCCUCACAGGCCAUUUUAGACAAAACCAUAGUUUCUUCCAUUGAGGAGAUUGUGGAAGGUCACCAGAAGGCUGCACACCAUGCACCAUGCCAUCUCACCUGUGAGCAGUGCCUGUGUUUAUAAAUGUGGGAAGGACCAACAGUUUAACAAAGAGGGACACAUGCACUUACAUGUACAUAUACAUAUGCAUGCACUAACAUAAGCGCUGUCAGACCAGAUACCAAAACAGAGAAAACAAAGAAGAGAGAAACUCUAACUACAACACACACAGAGGAGGUGUGACUUCAUUCUCUGCUCAGGACGCCAUUACUCCAUUAUAUCUUUAUAGAAGAUAGAAAUAGUUCUUUGCUGCUAUAUUAUUGUUUAAAAUCUCGUUUACAGAACCUUAAAGGUGUAUGUUCUAGGGUGGACUUGCUUAGACUGAGUUGUGAACCCAUGACUUCGCUGUAGAAAUCUGUCGCUAACAUCAGACAAACAUCAUCUGCAUUUUUCUACAGUUCUCUAAUGCAGCUUAUGGUCCAGUGCAUCAUGUUGCAUUACAACAUCAAACCUGCAAACCAUUUCCAAUUGCUUCGAUCAUUUUUAUGACAUUCAGUCAAGUCUGUAUCAUUUUAAAAAUGAAUUUAUGCUUGUUUUGAAUAAAUUUCAUUUUUGUGAUGAUAAGGUCCCCACUGUACUUGGUAAUUGGAGGGGGCUGUACAUUAGCCUGAAAGGCACAAUACUUGGUAUAUGCACUUUGUACAGAAAGGAUGGUGUUGGUCUUUACUUACUUGGGCAUCACUAGCAGCACUGUAUUAUCUUACAGUACAUUUUCCAUAAUGUAAUUGAAUGUUUUCCAGAUUCUGUUGUGCAGUUUUUCAUGUGCUCGCAUUUUUUGUUUUGCACGUCCUUCAUAUCACAUCCUUAAAACAGCAGAAUGGCUACACAGAAGAGACAGACUGAGUGUGUGGGAAAGACAAUGUACUAUAUAAUGUUUUGUAAUAGAGAUAUAUUUAUUUAUUUAUGUGUUUCUUAGUUUUAAUCUUUAUACAUUGUUUACUUGGUUUUCUUUCAAAGGAUUGCAGCAGUUAUUUUGCUUGUCCUGUGGGGCAUCUUUGUGUUGGGUGAUGAAAACACAAAUGCCAAAAUCAUCCAAUGGUAGAUGUGCUGUAAAUCACUGCUGACCUUUUAGCAUCCACAAUAUUGUCUAAUCUUAAACAUCAAGCACAAUCCAAAGUUUUAGGAAUAAACCUUUCAUUUGUGUGGUGUACUUACAUUUUAACAUUCUGUUAACUCAUUGGCUGAUUGAACGAUACACUGAGUUGCCAGUUUAUUAGGUAAACCUUGGUACUGAUGCAAUCGAAUACAACAGCCCUGCUUUAAUCAUAACAGUUAUGAAGCUUAACAGCUUCUGUACAGUCAUUACGGAGGCCACAUUUACAGGAGCUACUGCAUUGUAAUGCAUUAUAUCGAAGUGUUCUUCAAUAUCUGGGGUCCACAACACAUCUGAAACAUUAAAAUGCUCAUCAAUGAGCAUAUUUUAAAUCUGAAAUUAAGAUAAAACCAAGAAGGAGAAAGCCACUGUUUUGGAGUUGCACUAUCACUUUCACUUCAUUGUAAGGGUUUAGAGGAAAGGCAGAUAAAGUCAUAGGUUGAAACAGUGUGUUAUCUAUGUAUCAUAUAACAUAUCCAAUGCAUAAAACUGCUAGACUAAGCUUCACAUUUAAAAGUCCUUUAGCUGUAGAAUCGCUAUAAGUGGUGCGCUGGAGACAUGAAUGAUUUUGGUGUAUGUCUUUUUCUUCACUUAGUGGGUGAGUUGACCGAGGUCCCCAGUGCUUGAUGUAUUCUUUUAACAAUGUGAUGGUUUUUGAAUCCAACCAGGGCAGCAUGCUGUAACACCAUUAUUAUCUUUGGUCACAUCUAGUAAAAUGAUUUACUCAAAAUGAUAAAUAAGGAACAGUAUGUGUCAGCUUUUCCUACAUGUGCUGUAGAUAUAUUGAACUAUGCAGAGUAUUGUAUUGGAAAGUUUGAAAUGUGUUGAUGAUAGCUUAAUAUGCUCACAUUGGUUUACUCACUUGCCUUAAUAAACUGUACAGGGAUGGAAA